UGUCGUUAUGAUAUCUUUCAAGCAACCAAACCAUCGUAGAAGCGUGGUUUGUGUGUUUCCGCUGCAGGAGGUGGAACGUAGGUUCGCGCAACUUGUACGAGGUUGUCAGAUGAAAAGUCGGACAUCUGACCACGCUACGGUUAUACCAUGGGUGAAGCAGUCAGGGCUCAGUGUGGAGGGAACUUUGACAUUGACCCAUCGAAAGAAGUUUGCCAGCAUUCCCCGGCUGUUUGGGAAGUUACCCACUUCCUCCAGGACCCCACCGUGUGGUCACGUGACGCAGUGUAUGAAAGCGAACGCACGAUAACCGCGAUAGAGUUCACCAAGUUUAUGUCGCAACCCAACGAUCAUACCAUCGUGUUUAUGGGAACUGAUAAUGGGAAUCUUUUGAAGUUCCGCAUGGAUACACAGUCGGUUUACGAAACCGUCCCGAUUGACCCCGGCCACCCCGUAACCUCGUUGAAACUCGGGUGGGGUGAUUAUUCAACGACUCAGCUAAUAUACGGGAUGACUCGUAACAAAUUGGUCGCAUUGCCGCAGUUUAAUUGCGAGCAACACACCUCGUGUGGCGAGUGUUUGGCUGCGUCCGAUCCUUUUUGUGGGUGGUGUACCAUUGAAAGCAAAUGCUCCUCCACCGGAAACUGCAAACAAUCGAACAACGUUAACUUCGUUUUCUUCCAAAACUCCGAGACAGGGGGCUGUCCCACUUUAACCCCACAAACCCCAGAACCCCUACAUUUCUCGGUGUCUUCAACUGCCCCGACUAAAAAGGUUUUACUUGUCGGGGAAAACAUUCCCUUUCCGAGUAAACUACGAUACCGAUGUCACUACGGAACGAGUUUCACCACAAACGCUAGAAUCGACGCACAACGUAAUAGAAUCGAUUGUGGGAAACCCCCUUCUACUACGACAACCCCAAUACCUGAGUCAGGUUACCUAGUGAUUCCCCUCUCCCUCACCCAGGAGGAUGGCCCCGUCAUCGCAACCACCAAUAUAACAUUGUACGAAUGCAGUCAUCAUAAAUCGUGUAUGUCAUGUGCAGGGAGUGGCUUCGGGUGUGUGUGGUGUCCAUCCGAACAUAAAUGUACCGAUAGUAACCAGGAUUGCAACCAACUAUCCGAUGUUAUAAUCAACUCAACAGCUUGCCCCCAGCUAACCCUCCUACCCUUCCUACACUUCCCCCCCACCUUCCCCCGCCACACCCCGGCCACUAUAUACCUCAACGUGGCCGACCGUCUCAACUUGACCCUUGCUGCGUCGAACCUGCAUUCUCUCCAGCGGGUGGCACCAGAUGAUUUCAUCUGUGACAUCACAAUACCUGGGGAAUCCCCGCAACGAGUAUCGGGAAUUAAUGAAGGCAGCGCCAUCAAGUGUCUUAAUGUCCGAGGGCAACUCCCACCAAACCAACGAAGCAAGAACGCAACCAUCAAAGUUUACUACGAUACAACCAACAUACUGGAUAACCCGCAUAAUAUUAACGUCGAGAUGUACACAUGCGCAUUAGCGGAGCAGAACAACUGCGGCAAGUGCCUCCAAUCCCCCACUAGGUGGCACUGUGGAUGGUGCGAGCAAUCGAAAAGUUGCACGAUUGGUCGAGCGUGUAUGACAUCACAAUGGACAGAAUCGACCUCAAGUAAAGGUUGUCAAAACCCAACUAUUACUGAGUUCCAACCCGCUACAGUACCGAUAGGGGGGAACUCCCGGGUGACGAUUAGGGGUACGAACCUUGACAGAGGGUUAAAUAUGAGGGUGGAGGUCAAAGGUCAUCAAUGUACGAACCUGCAGAUGGUGGAUAUCAAGGAUUGUUGUUCGUUUUCGUGCGAGUUCAAUGGAAUAGGUCGCACUGAGGGGAAACUCCCUGAAGGAAGAAUAAGUUUAUGUAUCACCCAUGAGGGAAGCAGUCGGUGUAAAAGUGGCCGAGCUUAUAACGCAACCUCUGACCAGAUUUUUAAAUUCGUCCAACCAGUAAUAACGAACUUUUCCCCGAAAUCUGCAAUAUCUGGUUGGGGUACCGAGGUUACGGUUGAGGGGAAGUACCUAGAUACAGGAAAUGAUGUCACAAUUAAAAUUGUCGGCGAGGAUUGCGUCGUGGAUCGUUCCACGUUGACCUCUACCUCCCUCGUGUGUCAUCUACCGUGCAGAGCGACGAGGAACCGACGAAGUACGCGACACCACCACCAUAGACAUUAUCGGCAAGCUGUCCCAAGUUUCCUGGCGAUGUUCGACGGUUUUAUUCGAACAGUGUCCGAGUUCCGAUUCGAACACCAUGUCGCGUUGGAGGAUAUAACUCCUGGGAUAUCUAUCAGUAGCGGGGGAAUCCCCCAAACCAUUACUGGGGUGAACCUACAUUUGAUUGACAGGCCGAGGAUCGUGGUCUCGGUGAACGGGAAGAAGUUCGUUCAUACAUGCAUCGUUGAUGGAUUCCAACUAAUCUGUUCGUCGCCCAACAUUACAACGGGGGUGACCAUGCGUAACGGGGACCACAUCACUGGCAUAUUAUCGAUUGAAACAUUGCAACCGAACUGCGCAGAGGUGCACAACAACGACGUGCAGAUCACUUACGUGCCCAACCCUUACUUUGAGCAUUUCAAAGGCGACGAUCGAACAAAACCUUUCACCGGGGAAUCGCUUUAUAUACGGGGAUCCAAUUUAUGUCCGAUAAACAACGAUUGUGACAAAACAAUAAUCAGUGUGAUGGUGGGCAAUUGGAAUUGUAACAUUACGAACGUUAAUUACGACACGGUGACAUGCACGCCACCUAGUGAGGCCGAUAACGGGGAAUACAAUGUUGUGGUGAAAAUAGGAGGUUACGAGCAAAAUGUUGGUCGGUUGGUUUACAACAACACAAGUAAAACACCAACAACCAUGUUGAUAGCUAUCGUUAUCAUCAUUGUUGUGGUGUUGGCCAUUGUUGUCACUGCGCUGGUUUGCAUCUAUCGUCGUCGUGCCAACCGUAGCGACGAAGAAGUGAAGAAUAUGCAAGUGCAGAUGGAUCGCAUGGAAUCGAGGGUUGCGAAUGUUUGCAAAGAAGCAUUUGCGGAGUUACAAACGGACAUGUCCGAGUUAGACACCGUGGGAGGGGGGACGGGAAUUCCUUACUUGGAAUACAGGGUUUACUUAAUGCGUGUUUUGUUCCCUGACCCUCUAACUGCAGAACAACAACAUACGUUGCUAUUAUCAGACUACCGCACGAACAGCGUCCGUCAAGGUCGCGGUCGAACGAUCGGGAUGGAACGUUUCAAUCGAUUGUUGGAAAACAAAGUGUUUAUGAUGUCACUGAUUCGAUGUUUGGAACAACAAAGAGGUUUCUCCAUGAAAGACAAGGGAACAGUAGCAGGGUUGAUUAUGGUGAUUUUUCAAGAUCGACUCCACUACGCCACCGAAAUAUUGGAACAACUCCUCGCUGAUUUGAUUCGUAAAAACAUGGAAAGUCGAAAUCAUCCCAAAUUAUUGCUGCGUCGUACUGAGUCGGUAGCUGAGAAAAUGCUGACUCAUUGGUUCAGUAUUUUGCUUUAUCGCUUCGUCGUGGAAUGCGCUGGCGAACCUUUGUUCAUGUUAUGUCGUGCGAUACGUCAGCAAGUAGACAAGGGUCCGGUUGAUAUGUACACGGGGGAAGCGAGGUACUCGUUAAGCGAGGAUAAACUACUCAGGCAAGAUGUGGAACAUCGGACUAUUACACUGCGUGUGAACAACUAUUUAUCGGAACUUGACAUUCCUGACUUUGCUGUGAAAGUGUUGAGUUGCGAUUCAGUGUCGCAGGUAAAGCGGAAGAUAUUAGACGUCGCGUACAUGAACCUCCCGUAUUCGGGGCGACCCCACCCUGCGGAGGUCGAUAUUGAAUGGAGACAAACACGUGGAAGUGUAACAUUACGGGACGAGGAGCCGUCGGCAAACAACGGUGACAACUUGAUGCAAGUCCAUACGUUAGAAUAUUAUCAGAUAAGCGACGGAUCUCACGUAUCAAUCAUCCCUCGUAAACAUAACUCGUUACUCAACCACUCGAUGAUGUCAUCAACGUCAAAAACAAGCAAUCAUAAACAUAACGGAAGUGGUGCAAGAUUAUUCCAAACCACGGAUGGCAGUAACACAAGUUUGCCUCGUUAUAAACAAACCAGUCGAUCUGGCACCCCAACGCUGAUGCAAGAUGGAACUAAAUUCUAUCAUCUUGUAAAACCAGGCGACCAGGACCAACGGGAGGGAAACGACCGAACGAACAAAAUGGUUUCCGAGAUUUAUUUAACGAGGUUGUUGACCACCAAGGGCACAAUACAGAAAUACGUCGACGAUUUAUUCGAGACGGUUUUCAGCGUAGUCCAACGAGGCCACGCCCUUCCUCUCGCUGUUAAACAUAUGUUUGACUUCCUCGACCAUCAAGCGGAUAUCCACGGGAUCACCGACCCGGAGACUGUGCAUACUUGGAAGAGUAACUGCCUCCCGUUACGAUUCUGGGUGAACUUGAUCAAGAACCCUGAGUUCCUUUAUGACAUCAACAAAUCACCCAUCGUGGAUUGUUACUUGUCCGUGAUCGCACAAACUUUCAUGGAUUCGUGCUCGACGGCCGAACACAAGCUCGGGAAAGAUUCUCCGUCGAAUAAAUUACUUUACGCUAAAGAUAUUCCCGCUUAUAAAGGAUGGGUGGAAAGAUAUUACUCGGAUAUAUCCAACAUGCCACAACUUAACCACAAAGACAUGUCAGCAUUCCUUGCUGAAGAAUCAUUCAUUCACCAGAAUGAGUUCAACACGAGCGCCGCCCUCACCCAAUUCUUCGGGUACGUCCAGAAAUAUUCGGGCGAACUCCUCCACAUUUUAAGUGUAGACCCCGAAGCCCAGCGUCAGCGAUUAUUUGAACAACUCGAAGAUGUUUCAGUUUCCAUGAACGGCGCUGGUUAGUCCCCUAUCAGUGAAUAUUGCUCCCUCCGCUGGCAGAGAUUUAAAUCUGAGGUUUCUCGCCAAAAGUUAUGGCGCCUCAAGUGGUACGGAUUUCACAAAGUUUUAUAUUUUAGUCGUUUUUUUUUAUUUCCUGCCGUGUUUAUCGAAUAUGAGUUUUAAUUCUUAUAUUAUUUCUGUAUCAACUUAAUUAAUCAACUUUGUUAAUUAUGAUUACUUGUCGCGCGACCAAUAUUGGCUUUAACCAUUGUAUGCAAAUUAACCAACAUGUUAUUUGUGCCAAUUAUAAAGUGCUUUAACUUUAAAACAUCAUUCCGGCUUUGCAGCGUUAUUCUGUAAUAAAUACUUCGUUAAU